UCACAGCAUGCAAACAUGCCUCCAAAGAAAAAGACAAAAAAGACCACGAAGAAGAAUCCAGAAAAAAGUGACACUGACUUGGAGGCAAAGUAUAGGCGCAGUGUUCUGGAUAUAGCCACCCUACAGGAUCGCAUUGCUUUACAGUGUGAGUCUGUAAUAAAGGUCCAGUCUGAUAGAAUUGACCUGAGGAGACACAUGAGAGACAUGGAGCAGAAGCUGCAGCACGAGAGACAAGACCACAGGGACGUCAACUCUGACCUCAGUCGGCAGUACAAAACCAUGCAGACAGAGCUCACCAACAAGGUGAAGAGACUAGAGAAGGAGGUCAGCCAGCUGAAUGAAGAACUUGCCUUGUGUCAGGAGGAACUGAGGAAAGAGAAAAGAGAGCGUGAGCAGAUGGAACAGGAGAAGGACGCCACCAUAGCUGACCUCCAACACAAGCUGGACAACAUGGAAACAGACUAUGAGAAAGUCCUACAUGAUACUCUAGACAGCCUGACUUCCCAGCUGUCUGUGGCUCAGAAGGGGUGGGAAGACAAGAGCACAACCCUUCAUCAAAAUUACAAGGGACUUCUCUCUGAAUUUGGCCUGAAUGCGCUGGACAUCUGAAAGACAGGCUCCUCACAAAUGAAAGCAGCUGCUCUUCUCAGUGAAACACAUUUGUUUAAUGUUGUAUGUACACCU